UUCUCUAGCUGCUGCUCUUCCUCUAUCACUCUCUAAGCUAUGCACUUUUACUCCUGUAGCCAACACCACAUUCUCCUACUCCGUUUCUGCGACUUCUCUCUACAUCUCUGUCGUCUUAGCAUGGCCUUCCUCCUCUAGCGCAGUUGUUUUGUGCCGAUCGGAGUUCAGAUUGCGCCACUUCAACCGGCUUCAUUACCUUUCUCAGAGCGUAGAUCUCAAUGCAGAAGUUAGCUAGUCCUGACAAUCCAGUUUGUAGGUUUCUUCAAGCAAACCUAUAAGGACUAUGCUCAGCUUUCGCUAUCUGCUGCUGACAUUGUUUAAGGUAUGAAGUCGGAUUCCUGAUUGGCUGUUGUUUGUUGAUUUAGAGGAGAACCCCAUGAGUGUCUGUCACCUAAUCCACUGUGGCACUAACUAACAACUAUCACUGUGGCUGCGGUUGUUCCCACAACUACAACCACUGACGCAGCAGCGGGGGAAGCAAAGGACAGAAUGAUUGAUGUUAGUGGUCGUCAGCUGCAAUCAUUGUAUCCAUCAAGCCGAACUGUUGGACGGGGUGGUUAUCAGUCGCAGGAGCGUCUGACCCCAGUCACUUCAGUAGCUGCCAGUUCAUCAACAGCAGUGGCUAUGAUUGGGUGUGCUCAGAGCAUUGGACGGGAGACAGCACCCUCCAAAGCACUCAACUUCCCCUACCAGCAUGUGCAGCAAAGUUUGCAGAAGGAUUUGGAUGAGUCUCGGCUGCAGAAUCCACUGUUAAGACAGCUGCCACUGCAACAAGGUGAAGUUUCAGAGCAUGGCACUUUCCAGUCCCCUUUGCAUUGUAGUAAACAGCAAGAGGUCCAGAUAUGUGAUCAGUUGUCUUCAUCCCGGUGCCCAGCUCAAUUAGACAGAGUGACAUCAUCUGAAGUAUCCUCUUCAGCUGUUGACAAUGCUUGUUCAGCUGUAUCAUCUAACCCUGCAUCCCAUCAGUUAUAUAGUAACCUGAAGGUUAGCUGUCCUUCCUCAGUGUCACAGUUACUACCCUUGCUGACUGCAACUUCUGUGUCACCAACAUCCUCGUCAUUGUUGAUUUUCUCCUCUUCCUCCUCCUCUUCUUCACAGCAGCAACAGCAAGUGCAUCGUAAGCACUCUAGUCCAAAUCACCACCAGAGUGGCAACAGUUAUGGUCUACAACUUCAACCCCACCACAGGCAACAGCUGCCUCAACAGAAGCUGGCUGCCCACAAAAAGAACCUAUCUUUUCUUUCACAGCCCUACCAUUUCCAGCCAAGCCCUACAUCUACUUCCUCAGUUCCUGUGACUGAAGAUUCCAGUUGCAGUGGAAUGCUGUCUAGCUGUACUUCUAAUAAUAGCAUGAGUAGUAUUAAUAGUAGUACUUGUGGUAGUGGUGAUGGCAAUGGUGUUGAGGUUAGUAGCCAUGGGUUGUCUGACUCUUGUGGUAAUACUGGGCAUACUGUAGCUUACAUCACUGAUAAAUUAUGGAAUCAAAUGGUGCUGGAUAGUGGCAGCCCACAACAAAGAUCUCAGAGGGAACAUCAAGAGUCCUCCAUGUUGUCUUCAGCAGAUAUGGGAAAGAGUUUCUCUUCACCAUCAAAACCUUCAGCCUCUGUCACUAAUACAGAACCAGAUCCCUGGAAACUCAAGACCUGUCAUUCAGAAUGCACUGGCCUUAAUGCAACUCUGCAAAGUAUGCUGUCUCUGAAAUUAGGUGAUAAUCUAGAGAAGAAGAAAGUUUACCAAACUUUGCCUCCAAGUGGUGCCUGCACAAGACAGAGCUCCUGUCUGUCUGCACCUAUCCUUUCUCAUUCUGCUAGCUCAUCCCAUAUAUCUGAUGGCCUUCGGACUCGUUAUGGAAGUAGCUUAUCUAGCGAUUGUUCUGUGAGUAACAGCACAGACAUUCCAUUAACUACUGGCGAUAUGGGUAGUGAUAAUGAUACCAUCAAGGACACAUCUCCUGGCACUCCUCCAUACCCACCAAAGAAGAAGCACUGCCGUUCCUUAUCGAUUCCAUCAGAGAGUGGCAGCCAGAAACCAUACAUCUCAGCGCCAAUAAACAGCUCCAACUAUUUUGUAGCAUUGGAACUGAGUCCAAGGAAUUCAGGGUCACUGCUGAAACCUGUUGCCUUUAACCCUGUAACUGAGGACAGCUGGAGCCAAUAUCAACAGAGUUUUAUAUCAGCAGAAGGAGAAUCAGUGUCGGAAGUUUCAGGAAUUUCAUCAUCCACUUCAUUUUCAUCACUCACAAACCAUCCUGCUGUUUUCUCGGGUGCUGUCCAUUGGCCAACAACUGCAGACCCAUCUUCAAUUUCCUCUAAAACACAACAGACUUUUACUGCAGUUUUGGAUCCCAUUUCAUGCUCCACUCAACUCAACAAAUCCGUCACAUUACUGCACACCCCACCAGAGUCUCCAGUACCCCGCCCUGCCUCUGUUUCAAUUGUUGGUUAUCGCGACGAUGUCGAGAAUAGGGCCUUUAAACCAGUAUCGGACAUGCAGACUGGACAUGGUUACAAUAACUCUGGUUUUUCCUCACCAUCAUCGUGCUCUUCCCCUUCUUCUUUUCCCCUUCAACCACGACCUCAUCCCACCACAGUAACAAGCCAGGCCACUGGUUCUUCUUGCUUCCUCACUAUGCCUCUUCCCAAGGCUUAUGCAUCCUCUCCUUUUGCUACUCCUGUUGCUGCUGCUACUUCAUCGUCCCCAUCAUCAUCACCAGUGAAACUGGCCACAACCAGUUGCAGCCUGCCACCACAAACACCAUUUUGGUCCUUUCAGAAACACCGGAGCCUGUCACUUGAAGACCAGUGCUCCAUCAGUAACUCUACAUCUCCUUCAUCAUUUUCACCAUCCUCAUCCAUCCUCUCUUCACCCUCACACCCUCCUCAUCAUCCUCACCAUUAUCCGUCUCAUACCCACUACCCUCACUCACGACAGCAACAGGUCCUUCCACCGCCUCAUCCACCUCCCACACAGAUAAUACCCACCCAACGUCUAAUGCCACCCCAGCAGCAGCAACAGCAGCAGCUCGGAAAGACAGUCUCUGCCAGUGGGUCAACGCCAAGUGUACCAGCAGCAUGCAAGACGUCUGUGUCAAACCCUUCUUCCCCCCGCCGUCAACGUAUUCCGCGGUGCCGCUCCCAGCCAUGUGUCCUGCAUGACCGUAAAGCUGGAGUGAAACGACGCCGGGACUAUGACAGGCCAACCCUGGAUUUUCACAAGAUGACACAGACUGCUUAUGGCAAUUCUACAUGUCAGACAGAAGCCAGUGAACAAAUCUUACAGAAUCUGCAUCAGGGGCCAAAAGUUAGUUGGUUUCAACAGUUUCCUGAAGACCAAAUGACAACUGCGAAGCCAAACUUGAACCCAAUGUCAGUCUCAGAGCCAGUUUCUAUUGAAGUUCUCCGAUCAACCUGCCUUUUACCUGAUGACCACACUGAUGAUAUCAUGUCGGAAGAUGCUGAAAUCUCAGCUGCCACAGAAGCUGGAGAGGCUGCUGCUCGGGCUGCUGCUGCUGCCGAGAAACCCACUGCCGAUGAAUGUUGCCCCAAUUCCCUUCAUAACAUUAGACGAAAUGAUUCUGACGAUGGAUGUUCUCGCUGGGACGAUGCCAGCUUUGAAAGACCCUUUGUUGUUUCAAGUCGGUCUGUUGGUCCAGCUGGCUGGGACCCACUGGUGUAUGUGAGUGAUGAGUCUAAUCCUAGUUUCUGUGGCUGUGAUGAUGAUGAUGACGACGACGAUGAUGAGGAUCAAAUGACUGAAAAUGAGGACUAUUAUGGGAGGGACAAACCCCCCAUUGCUGAUCUUGAUGUUGACCAAAUAGAAAACCACUAAACCUUUUCAAACACCAUCA